GGACAAUCCGUCACCACAGGCGGAACGAUUUGGGAUCUGAGUCCACCUGUCGAGGGUUGGCCUGGAUCACGGACCGAGCCAGAGAAGAUCAGACAUGUCGAGGCCUGAAGAUCAAGUGUCCAUGAUCUUGUCUAUGAUCAUCUUCACCAUCGCAUUCCUGCUGGGCGUCCCCGGCAACAGCGCAGUCAUCUGGGUGACGGGCUUCAAGAUAAAGAGGAACGUCCACUCUGUGUGUUUCCUGAACCUCGCCGUGGCGGACCUGGCUUUCUGCCUCACCCUCCCCUUCUGGAUGGUCAACCUCGCCCUCCGAGGCUCCUGGGUCAGAGGUGACAUCAUCUUCAAUUUGCUCCUCUUCUCCAUCUGCCUCAAUGGGUCCGCCAGCGUCCUCCUGUUGACCGUGAUCAGCAUCUUCCGCUGCCUGUCUGUCACUCAGCCCAUCUGGUUCCGGCGGCAUCUCGGCCAGUGUUGGGCCUAUGUGGCAUGCAGCGCGGCCUGGGUCUUCGCCUUGCUCAUCUGCGUGAUCGCCCUCCUACAUUCCAAGCUACACCGGUACUUUGGGAAUAACAUCUGGGAUAUGUUGAAGGUCACUUGGGCCGUCUUUAUCUUCCUCAUCCCUAUCCUGAUCAUGGCCGUCUGCUAUUUCCUGAUUGUCCGGAAACUAACCGCGGACAAGUUCACCAAGUCCAGGAAAUCUGUCCGCGUCAUCUUGACCGUGGUCGUCGUCUUUAUCAUCUGCUGGUUCCCGUACCACAUUUGCAACGCGGCCGCAUACUUUUUCAGAUAUUUCAGCUUGAUCUGGCAUGACGUGGCCCUCGCCACGGCUUCCUUCAACAGCGCCCUCAACCCCCUUCUCUACGUCUUCGUCGGCCGCAAAUUCCGCCAGGUCUUCAAACGCUCUCUGGCCAACUCGCUCCGUCUUGCCUUCAUAGAGUUGGAGCCGGAGUUAGAGAACGAUCUUCCUGAUAGCGGUGUCUCAACAGAGACGAGAGUAUGA